UUUAUGAAUUUUCAUUUUGCCUCACAGAAAGCAACGAGCAGUACAGAGGAAAAGACUGCGAGGAGCAAAAUCUUUUGCUCCGUUAUUCAGAAGUUUUUCAGUUUUUUUGUGAAGGUUAAAAACGAAUUGUGAAAAAUGCCUGGACCUAAUCCGAAACCAUAUUUGCUAUAUAAAUGGCAAAAGCAAUUGGGAGAAUCGUGUUAUACACCAAAAAAUGGUUACAUGCAUUGUAGUUUGUGCUGCACUUUGGUUACAGCAAAUCGACGUUCGCAAUUGGUUAAUCAUUUGCGUUCCAGGCGCCAUCAGAAUGCCUUAGCUGAGUCGAUUAGCUUCGAUUUGCCCUUGUCUUUGAUCGAACCUGAAGGAGGUUCGCCCCAGCAGUCCCCGCUGCUACCGAUGACUCCCUUGUGUGCCUUGAACGAGGAUAGCUUCGGUGACUCGAUUAGUGUUGGUGAAUUUGAGUAUGAUCAUUUUCUUGGGCCGAACGAUCAAUUCAAUAAGGAAUUGGGUGAAGCCUUGCGAGGAGCUGACAUACCAUUCACCGUGCUGGACAAUGAAAAUUUUACAAAUUUUCUAGCCAAGUACACCAAUUACAUGAUACCAAAUCAAACUUUUAUGCAAGCAAAAUAUAAAACAUAAACAAUAA